AGGUCAUCGAAUGUAUUGUCACCAAACGUUCGAACUAUUCGUAGUUUGUGGAGGAAAGACACAAGAUGGAAUUUGAUGCCCACAGGAACACAACCGACUCAGACGAGUCUGUGUAUGGCAGUGCGGAUGAGCUUCCGUCUGAUAUCGACGUGUCCGAUGCUGGAGAUAAUCACCAUCAAAGUUCAGAUAACACAAGCGUGCCAAAUGGAAACAGAAAGGUGUCAGCAGGAGAACGAUCUCUGGAAGACGUGAACAGGCAAAUCUUUGAAUUAUUUGCCAAACCAUACUUGGAUCGUCAAACGGAUUCACAAGACGCUUUACUGGAUAUAAUGGAAAACAUAAUUACAUUUAGUGUACAAAUGCUUGGAGAAAGAGUGAAAAUAUAUGCCGAAAAAGCGUAUCAUCUGAGUAAAGAUGGGUCAGUCCAUGGCACGGCCAUACAAAACAUGCUCCGGUUCUAUGAAGACUCCCUUAUGCAGGGAUUCAGACAGAUGGAUGUUCAGGUUCCUCGUCAGCUUGAAGCCCCAUCACUCUGUUAUGGUUCACACAACACACGGCUCCAGCAUGUUAUCCACGACUGCUACCACGUUAUUCGCAGGGAUCUAAUGCUGGACCGUACAACACUGCUGGACCAAAUGGUCCAAGAUGACCUCAUAUCUACCACAGAUGCAUCGAGUAUACGAAAUGACAGAAGGCGGAACGAACGUUUCCUACAUUACUUGCGUGGAAGGAUGUCGUCUGUGGCAUUUGAACAGAAAUUUCUUCCAAUCCUGAAAAAAGAGCAUCCGAAUUUAGAGGAAACUCUCAGAAGAAGUCUCUCAGGUUUUACAGGCACUGACGUCCCUCGUAAAUGUUCUGUGUGUUUCAUGAAAGACACAGUUGAACUUCGUUGCAUUGCAGAGGACAUGCUAAGCAACAAUGUCAUUACAGUUUCAGAGACAGAUGACAUGAGGAACGAUGCACUCAGCCACGAAGACAAAUGGAAACUGUUGCAAGGACACGUUAAAGACUUCAGAGCUUUUGUAAACAGCUUAAAGAAGAAAUACGAAAACGUUUACCAGCGGUUAAUAGCCGAUGAAGCCAACUCAUUUCAGUGCUUGUGUCAGAGGUCAGAUGUUGAUUGGACACAUCUUGAUUCUGGGGACGUUACAGAUAAAGCAUCAGUUUUUACAGCUGAUGAUGCAGCACGUGGUGGGCUUGGUAGCUCGUUGUACGAUCGUGUGGCCAAUCGUAUUUUCCCCUUACUUGCUCAACGGUUUCAAGAAUAUUUCUACAUUUUCAAGGAAAGCCCAGACUUCAAAAAUGCUGUUAAUCAAGAAAUGAGUUCUGUCUCAGGCAACUCGGUCUCCAACCUUUUUUCACAAGUUUCAGCAUAUCCCCGCUUCACUGUUCCUCCACCCCUGCCAGGAACAACCUUACCGAUACCACGGGAAAUGUCAACAGUUGGUUAUCGUCAACCAUACAUGCUUGGAACGUUUACGGGUACCUCACAGCAAGGGAUGCCACCUGUUGGAUCAUUACAGUAUCCAAUGGCACUUCCUGGUCCACCGCCAGUCAUAAGGACACAGCUGCCUGCACCAUCUACCUUCAGCUACCCAGUGCCACCACCACAGCCACCACCAACACCAUCACCAGUGCAGUAUCUACCGAUUCCUGGACCAAACUGGAACACCGAGGUUUCACGAACAAAUGAUCCUGCUUUAGUCCUACCUGCACUACCAGCAGAGGAGAGAGCUAAGCCAACAUUUGAAACCAUAAAAGAAGAGGCAAAUGAGGGGUUUGGUAUGGAUCUUCAGGCUGAAGCGAGACUCCAGAAUUUGGGAAACAGACUGUACCCAAAGGUGGACUUCAUGACUUCUGCAAACCCAAGGAAAAUAACAGGAAUGCUUCUAGAGCUUGACAUCGACACGAUUGAAAGACUGAUAACAUCACCAGAAGAACUCAGGUUAAAAGUUGAGGAAGCUGAACACAUUUUAAAGAAGCACCUUGACAAGGACAAGACCCAGUGAUAUCAAUCAAAAUCUUCUCUACAUCAUAUUACAUCCUGUGUUUUAGAAUGCACUACAUCCAGUCAAAGCAUUUGAAUUUUUUUUCAAGUCACUUACCGAGUUUAGUGUAUGCCGCUUUUAGCAACAUUUCAUCAAAUAUCACAGUGUGGGACCCAAGAAAAGGGCUUCACAUUUCGUUCCCAUGUGGGGAAUCAACCCGGGUCUUUAGCGUGACGAGCGAACACUUUACUAUCUCUAUGCUACCCCACCACCCCACAUCAAGGUGGAAGAAAUGGUAUGUGUGGUACUUGAAAGGACUGGUGACUGACGACAAUCAAUCAGGCAGCUGAUCCUUCAAAGACUUCAUACUCCAUGCUAACACUUGACUUACUUCAAAUGCUAAGAUACUGGAAGACAUAACACAUCUUAACAUUACUUUGUCUCCAGAAGUUGGUUCUUGCAUAUUGUCAACAGACAAACAAAUGAAGAUCGUUUCCAAGGUUACGGGGUUGGUAUUGCCAUAUAAGUGAAAUCUAAACUUUUCAUAUUUCCACAUAAGAGUCUGUGUAUUGAAAAUAAAUAUAUACUGUCAUACUUA